ACCAAUUUAAUCCCUUUUCACCAUUAAACCAAUUUCCCUAGUUUCUCUCCUCCCUCUGUUUAAUCAAUUUUAUUUACUUUUAAAAUAACACCCAAGGUCUAGUUUUUUAGAUUUUGACCCCUCAUUGUAUGACAAAAUUACUGAACCAGAACAACACAAGCAAAAGGCCGCAUAUACAGACCAAAAGCCUGUUUCGAGUUUAGGCAAGGGUAUCUUUUUGCAAGUGUGUUUCCCUUUGUUCCUUUUAUAUUUAGUUUUGAUUUUGGCCAUGGGGACAAUGCCCGAUUCCCCACUAUAUCACGACUCAUGAACCACAUAUAUAGUGUUAUAUAUAUAUAUAACCUCAUCAGCACCCAAAUCCCCUCAAAAAGAAUGAAACCCUUAUCUUGAAUCUCAUUUGCCUAACCCAAAAAUCAACAACCGUGGAAAAUAGACAUUGGUGAUCAUUCAUAACAAUUUUUUAUAUAUAUAGAAAGAUUAUACUGCUUUAGAGAUUCCGGUUUGAAUCAUGGAAGUGUUGCCCUGCUCUGGUGUUCAGUAUGUUGCGGAUUCUGAUUGUGCUCAACUGACUCCAGAAACAACUUUUACUUAUGACCCAGAAUCUAAUUGCUUGGAACAAAUGAAACAAGUUCAAGUGGCAGAUAAUAGGAUGAAUGACUUAUUGGUGACUAAUGAAGGGAAUCAAACUGGAAGACAGGAUGAAGGUCAAGGCACAAGGGGUGAAUUACCAAUUUCAGAGGAACAUCAUAGUGGAUCUUCAUAUUAUGAUUGUCAGGCAGAAGGCCAAAGAUUAUUCUGUGGAUCACAUGAUGAUGAAUAUGAUAAUUUGAAUGCUCAGAGUUGUUGCACUAGACCUUAUUUGACCUCUGAAAGUUCUCAUUUACUCGUUAACACCAUCAAGAGUGAAUCACCGAGCAACAAUAGGGAGGGAGAGUUGUCUCUUUCAGCGCCCAAGUGGUUGGAGCAUGAUGCAUCUGUUGCAUUGUGGGUCAAGUGGAGAGGAAUAUGGCAAGCUGGAAUCAGAUGUGCAAGGGCUGACUGGCCAUUAUCAACUUUGAAAGCAAAACCGACUCAUGAUCGAAAGCAGUAUUUUGUAGUAUUUUUUCCUCACACCAGGAAUUAUUCUUGGGCAGACAUGAUACUUGUCCGACCCAUUAAUGAGUUCCCUCAGCCUAUUGCAUGUCGUAGUCAUAAAGUUGGACUGAAAAUGGUUAGAGAUUUGACUGUUGCAAGGCGGUACAUACAGCAAAAGCUAGCUGUUGGCAUGCUAAAUAUAAUUGAUCAGUUCCAUUGUGAGGCUUUGAUUGAGACAGCACGUAAUGUGGUUGUCUGGAAGGAGUUCGCUAUGGAGGCUUCACGCUGCAAUGGUUAUUCUGAUCUUGGAAAGAUGCUUUUGAAGCUUCAAAGUAUGAUAUUGCCACGCUACAUAAAUGCUGACUGGCUUCAAGAGUCUUUUCACUCGUGGGUGCAACAAUGUCAGAAUGCACACACUGCUGAAUCCAUUGAAUUGCUAAAGGAAGAAUUGUAUAAUGCUAUACUAUGGAACGAGGUUAAGUCUCUGGGGGAUGCACCGGUACAGCCCACAAUUGGUUCUGAGUGGAAAACCUGGAAGCAUGAAGUUUUGAAAUGGUUCUCAAUGUCUCAUCCUGUAUCUACUGCUGGAGAUGUCAAUCAACGGAACAGUGGUAGUCCCUCAAACACAAAUAUACAAGUUAGCAGGAAGAGGCCCAAGCUUGACGUUCGCCGUGCAGAUACACAUGCCUUCCAAGUGCAAAGCAAUGGAUCAGAACAAACUAUGGCUACUGAAAUUGAGUAUGAUUUUUUCAGUGCUGUAGAUGUCAAUCUGCCAACACCACGACUUUGUAGAAAGGAAGAGGAGAGAGAGGAAACCACACCAAUGGACAGAUCAAAUAAUUUGACUGACAGAUGGGAUAAUAUUGUUGUUGAAGCAAGGCAUUCGGAAGUCAUUCACACCAAGAAUGUUGAAAUAACAACAGCAAGUGAAGAGGUCAAUAGUACCUCAACUCUGCACAUUCAGUCUAAAGAAGUGAAAUUAACGCCUGUGAAUGAAGCAGUUGCUAAGAAAUCCAUAGAUGCUGGGAGUAAAAACCGACAGUGUGUAGCAUUCAUAGAGUCAAAAGGAAGGCAGUGUGUGAGGUGGGCAAAUGAGGGGGAUGUUUAUUGCUGUGUGCACUUGGCAUCUCGUUUUACUGGUAGCUUCAGCAAAAUAGAGGUGACACCCCCCGUUGAUACACCAAUGUGUGAAGGUACCACCGUGCUUGGUACUAGAUGUAAGCAUCGGUCGCUAUAUGGCUCCUCAUUCUGCAAGAAACACAGACCUAAAAGUGAUGCAAAUAAUAGUUGCCAUUCUCCAGAGAACACACGAAAAAGGAAGCAUCUGGAGAUUAUUCUGAGUUCAGAAAUCACAUUCUGCAGAGAUAUAGUGUUGGUGGGAGACAAUGAAAGUCCCUUGCAGGUGGAGCCAGUAUCGGUAAUUGAGGCUGAUGCCUUGCACAGAGGAAACAGCUUAAUUGAGAAGCCUGAACAUUCUGGUAAAGAUCAUGAUAGCACAGAAUUACUGCAUUGCAUAGGCUUAUACUCCAAUAAUGGUUUUGAUCCUUGUCAAGAAAGUCCUAAGAGGCAUUCAUUAUACUGUGAUAAACACCUUCCAAGCUGGCUCAAACGUGCAAGAAAUGGUAAGAGUAGGAUAGUAUCCAGAGAAGUGUUUGUAGAUCUUUUGAAAGACUGUGAUUCACUUGAGCAGAAAUUGCAUUUACAUCAAGCAUGUGAACUUUUCUACAAGCUCUUCAAAAGUAUUUUCUCUCUUAGAAAUCCAGUUCCUGUGGAUGUCCAACUUCAGUGGGCCCUUUCUGAAGCAUCAAAAGAUUAUAGAGUUGGGGAAUUUUUAAUGAAGUUGGUUUACAGCGAAAAGGAGAGAUUGCAAAGUUUGUGGGGCUUCACUGGUGACAAAGGUACACCUUCGUCGUCUUUCGUGGAAGAACCUGUUCCAUUGCCAUUGGCCAUCAAUGAUAGCUUUGAUGAUGACAAGACCAUUAAGUGCAAAAUGUGCUCAUUGGAAUUUCUUGAUGACCAGCAGCUUGGAACACACUGGAUGGAGAAUCAUAAAAAGGAAGCACAACGGUUGUUUGAAGGUUAUGCUUGUGCAAUCUGCCUGGAUUCAUUUACUAACAAGAAGGUUUUAGAAUCCCAUGUCCAGGAGAGACACCAUGUGCAAUUUGUCGAACAGUGCAUGCUUCUCCGGUGCAUUUCCUGUGGCAGCCAUUUUGGCAAUACCGAGGAAUUAUGGUUGGAUGUGCUGUCAGCUCAUCCUGUUGAGUUUAGGCUAUCAAAGAUUGCUCAACAGCAUAAUCUAUCUGCAGGUGAGGAACCUCCACCGAAGCUUGAGUUCGGCAAUUCUGUGGAGAAUAAUUCAGAGAAUGUAGACAGUUUUCAAAAGUUUACUUGCAAGUAUUGUGGCUUGAAAUUUGAUUUGCUGCCUGAUCUUGGCCGCCACCACCAGGCUGCUCACAUGGGACCAAGUUUAGCUAGCUCUCGUCCUCCAAAGAAAGGGGUUCGUUAUUAUGCUUAUAAACUAAAAUCUGGGAGACUUAGCCAUCCUAGAUUUAAGAAAGGUCUGGGGGCAGUGUCAUAUAGGAUCAGGAAUCGAGCAACUGCUACUAUGAAAAAAUGCCUCCAGGCAUCAAAGUUGAUUGAUGCUGAAAUCAUUAGUGCAGAGCCUCUUGUUAUGGAGACUUCAAAUCUUGGUAGAUUAGCAGAACCGCAGUGCUCUGCCCUUGCAAAAAUAUUGUUUUCCAGAACUCAUAAAACAAAACCACGGCCUAAUAACUUGGACAUUCUGUCUAUUGCUCGCUCUUCGUGUUGCAAAGUGAGCCUCAAAGCCUCAUUGGAAGAGAAGUAUGGCAUGUUACCUGAAUGUUUGUACCUUAAGGCAGCCAAGCUUUGCAGUGAGCAUAACGUUCAAGUCGAGUGGCAUCAAGAGAAAUUUGUGUGCAUAAAUGGAUGUAAGCCUGCCAAGGAUUCAGAUUUUCUGCCCCCAUUGAUUCCUCUCCCUAAUGGUUUCGAGGGUCACCAAUCAGCAGAUUCCUUGGAAGAUGUAGAUGAGGAGUUGGAACUGGAUGAAUGUCACUAUAUCAUCGAUUCACAACAUUUUAAAAAAGGGCCCACGCAGAAGGCCAGUGUCCUGUGUGAUGAUUUAAGCUUUGGGAAAGAAUCAGUUCCAGUAGCUUGUGUUGUAGAUGAAGGUCUUUUUGAUUCUCUUAACAUCUCUGGUCUUAGUUUCAACGAGCAAAAUGCUGGACCCUCCAUGCCUUGGGAGAACUUCACUUAUGUUACAAAUUCUUUGCUUGAUCAAUCCCUUGAUCUUGAUGUUGAGAGUAUGCAACUUGGGUGCACCUGUUCCAAUUCAACAUGCUAUCCUGAGACAUGUGAUCAUGUAUAUCUCUUUGAUAACGAUUAUGAAGAUGCAAGAGACAUAUAUGGUAAACCCAUGCGUGGUAGAUUUCCUUAUGAUGACAAAGGGCGAAUUAUCUUGGAGGAGGGCUACCUUGUCUAUGAAUGCAAUCGUAUGUGUAGCUGCAAUAAAGCAUGCCCAAAUAGGGUUUUGCAAAAAGGUGUACGAGUAAAACUGGAAGUCUUCAAAACCGAGAAUAAGGGCUGGGGAAUCAGGGCUGGUGAACCAAUUCUGAGUGGCACAUUUGUGUGUGAGUAUGUUGGGAUCUUAGGCAAGCAGGAGGCAAACUAUAGGCUUACCAGGUAUGGUAGAAAUGGUUGCAACUAUAUGUUUAACGUUGAUUGUCAUAUAAAUGAUAUGAGCCGAUUGAUUGAAGGACAAGCGCGAUAUUUUAUUGAUGCAUCCAAAUAUGGAAAUGUUUCUCGGUUCAUCAAUCAUAGCUGCUCGCCAAAUCUUGUGAAUCGUCAAGUUCUUGUGGACAGCAUGGAUUGUCACCGAGCUCACAUUGGUCUCUAUGCCAGUCAAGAUAUAUCUGUAGGUGAAGAGCUGACUCUUGACUAUCAAUAUGAACUGCUUCCUGGACAAGGAUAUCCAUGUCAAUGUGGAGCUUCUACAUGUCGGGGCCGCCUUUACUAAACCCUCAGUGAGCAUAAUGGGAUCUCUAUGGCGUCUAAAUUUUUCUUUUCGAGUUCACAAAUGCGGAUACCAAGCUCUAACAUAAUAGGAGAUUUACUUCCAAACCAAUCAUGGGACUAAAUCUGGCACUCUUGCUUGCUUCUAACAGUUCUAUAUUUUUAUCUGGUGGUUCUUGCACUAGGGCCACUGUAAACUGCCGAACCACUAUCAAUUGGAGUACAACAGAAUUUUCAACCAAGCCAGAUUGUACCUAUUGUAGUUCUUUCGAAAUGGGAUGAAAGCAUGCAACGUAUUUACUCAUCUCUUUUUAACCUCUCUUCAAUCUCCCAAUUCUUUUUCUUCUAUCUCGAGUGGCUAAGUCUGCUUUUGGGCAGAGCUUGCCAUCGAAUUUUUCCCCCUUUGAUGUUCCCAUCGUGGUUCAUAGGUUGAUAGCUUAGCCUAGGAAUGUUAUUUAGCAGUUUUUUUUAAUGCAUGGAUUGCCUUUUUCUGGUAAUAGUGUCUCAGCCUUAUUUGUGACAUUCUCUAAUCUCUGUAGUUUUUGCUCUCUGUUGUAUAAAGUUUGAACAAUUCUUCCUA